UCUAUAUGUGUAGGUGGAAAAAUGAAGAUGGCUGACUUUGUGAAACAAAUGCAGUGUUUUUGUAAAUAAUAAACCCAUUGAUGGUGUGUCUAUGAAAAUUUUCAACUUACAUUUGAUUCGAAAUUGAAAACAAUGAUCACUAAUAGAUCUUGUUGAUUGACAAUUUUGUCCCAGGAGAAUUGCCGUAUAAGUAAUAUUUUUCCAUUGUUUUCGUAAAGACAUUAAAACGCGUUAGACGCUUGUAUAUGGUUGAAACGAAGAACGUAUGAAAAAUUGUUUGGAAGUGAACGAAGAACAUAAAUGAAUUUAUGAUGCUUCUUGAUGAGCAGGUGAACCUGCGAGAAUUAAGACGUAAACACGAUCAUUGUUAUUAAUUCCUCAUACACUUGACUCUACUUGCAAACAUCAUAUUGCGGUACGACUGAAGCUGGAUCGCAGUAUGAAGGAGAUGCUUGGAGGAUGCUGUGUGUGUUCUGAUGAAAGGGGUUGGACUGAAAAUCCAUUAGUGUAUUGCGAUGGCCAAGGGUGUACAGUCGCUGUUCACCAGGCUUGCUAUGGUAUUGUUACUGUUCCUACUGGACCUUGGUAUUGCAGAAAAUGUGAAUCGCAAGAGCGCAGUGCACGUGUGCGCUGUGAACUAUGUCCAAGUAGAGAUGGAGCUCUUAAGAGGACAGAUCAAGCUGGUUGGGCUCAUGUAGUAUGUGCUUUGUACAUCCCUGAAGUUCGAUUUGGUAACGUUACAACGAUGGAGCCCAUUAUUCUUCAACUCAUUCCUUCAGAAAGAUUCAAUAAGACAUGUUAUAUCUGCGAAGAACAAGGAAGAGGUAGUAGAGCAAAUGUUGGAGCCUGCAUGCAAUGUAAUAAAGCUGGAUGUAGACAGCAAUUUCAUGUUACUUGUGCCCAGGGUCUUGGAUUAUUAUGCGAAGAAGCGGGAAAUUAUCUUGAUAAUGUGAAAUAUUGCGGUUAUUGUCAACACCACUAUUCAAAAUUGAAAAAGGGAGGAAAUGUCAAAACUAUUCCCCCAUAUAAACCAAUACCAGCGGAUAAUGGAUCAUCAGAUUCAUCACCUGAAAAAGAAUCUGAAGCGCCAAUUAAGUCGUCGUCAAGCAAUGCCAAACGAAAAAAUUCAAAUUCAAAGUCAGGCGCUUCUAUUAAAAACAAAAAUAUGAGUCCCAGUGUUGAACUUAAUGGAGUUGCGGAUGAAAGAAGUAGUAGUGGAAGAAAUACACCAAAAGAAAAUGCUGCAAAUUCAAGUAAAUUUACAACUUCGAAUUUUGUGGAGACUAUUGUAACUCAGUCGGAAAGUGUGUUUGGUCAUGAAAGUACUGGUAUUCCUACUACCGCUGCUUCAUUUUCUUCGACAACGAUUUCUAAAUCAGCGUCAAAUUCAAGUCUUAUUCAGAAAAAUGUUAGUCAGUCAAAGUCUGGUACUUCGACAUUUAAUAAGACAUCUAAUCAUACUAGUAAAAAAAGAAAAACCGGAGCACGAACUCCAACAGCUUUAAGUAAUGAAAAUUCUAAUCAAUCUGUCAAUUCAGAUACCAGUGGAUCUUUGGUAGUCACUACCAAUGCUAUUGUUCAACAGGUUAACAAUAGUAAUAUUGUUCAAACAACUCUUGCUGAAACUACAAAUUUAAAUACAAUAUCGGAAUCUGAGCAAACGAAAAAGUUAAAAGCUGACAGCCCGUUAAUAAUGGCUAACGCAGUUCUACCAGCAGAAGAAACAACUACUACUCCUGUAAUUAUGUCAAUAACACAAAAUCAGUUGCCGAUUGCUGCUCAGUCAUUAAGCACUUCGUCGAAUAGUAUAGUUGUUUCUGUUCCAUUGACAGCAACAUCUCUUCCUAAUACUGUACAAAGUACAAUAACCAGUGCAUCUACCUUAUAUCAACAAUUACAACAAAGUAUGAUCACAUCGGCAGCGAAUGCUGAUGGGAAAACCAGUGUAAUACCCAAUAGCGACCAAUACUCCGUGGAGGAAACGCCAUCUAAACGAUCUCGAUCUCAAUCGUCGGAGAAGCAAGAAAAAUUACGUAAACCAAAGCGAGGUUCUACAAGUAGUCAGCCAGUAACAACAACGGUACCACCAACAGCUCUUCCUCAAAUAGUUUCAUCAGUAUCAUCUUUAUCUAAUAUUACAGUCGUGACAACGACGAAGCGCACCAGUAGAAAUAACCAUCAAACACCACCACCGUCAGCGGCGGUGGCUCCUAUACCAUCAAUAAUACAAGGUCCCACGCUGGGUACUGGUCACUUUAGCAGCGUGGGAACAGGUUCUGGUGGCAUCAUGGGACCUACUGUUAAGGAUUCACCACCCAGUAGUCCUGGUUCUGAAAGUAUGAGCAGCAAUGGUCCAGGAAGAAGAAAACGAAAGGGUGCAGGAACUUCUUCCACAACCCCAACACCAUCAGCAUCUAAUACACCAACUCUUGCUAAUCACACAAAAGAAGAAAAGGAAAUAAAGUUAUUUCAAAACGGAGUCAGUGCUCCACACAUGCUGGGGAACCAAUUAAAUCCCACCUCUACAAUGGCACAAAAGAUGUCUGACACGCUCUCGCAAGAAUUGGAAGCCCACUCCAUUUUUACAGAAGCAAAUAAUUCGACUACUAAUCUAAUUGGACCACAACUACACAGUCGAGUAAUAGCAACUAUAAGGUCCAGUCAAGCAGCACCGGCGCCAACAUCAUUUUCAUCAGUUUUUUCAAACGCAAAUACAAAUUCUAAUGUGACAAGUGCUGGUGGAUUGACAAGUGGAACAAUGCCACAAACACUCGAUCAACUUUUAGAAAGGCAAUGGGAACAAGGCAGUCAAUUUUUAAUGGAACAAGCUCAACAUUUUGAUAUUGCUUCACUACUGUCAUGUCUCCAUCAAUUGAGGGCAGAAAAUUUAAGACUAGAAGAACAUGUAAAUAGUCUUCUUCAAAGAAGGGAUCACUUACUGGCUGUAAAUGCAAGACUCGCCAUCCCUUUGACGAAUCAAUCAAACACACAUUCAGUUAACAACAUACACCCUUCAGUGAAUCCAUCACAUUCCAAUCUUUCACAUUCGGAAGUUCCUUCUGCACCUGUAACUUCGAUGUCUAGAGGAAGUCGUGAGUCACGAAUGAGCAAUGCUUAUUUACCACAUUCAAAUUCCAGUAGUCAUGCAUCCACUUUAGAAAAUGGUUUACCUCCUGACCCAUCUCCGCCUACUGGAACAUCCAUGUCACACAAUCAAUACCAACACAGAGGAUCGCUGGUUGCUCCUCAACCAAGCCCGGCAAUAAGGCAUAUUCCUGCCGCAAGUGGAUAUCAUCAGGGACAAUCUAGUAACAUUAUUUUACCGUCAAAUGUUAACAGUUCAGGAGUUGUACGAAAUUCUUCCGUUACUCCCGAUCCACUUAGAGGAGUUCAGAGAUAAGAACCUGUGUUAAAUUUCUUCUUGUGGUUAACUAUUUUAAAUGAAAACUAUUUUCCCUUAAAAUCAAUAGUUUUUUUUUUGGGAGAAUUUAUUUUUAUUUACACUGAGCACCAAGUAUGAAAACAAAUCGUUUUCCGUAGGAGACUGAAAAUGUUAUUUUCAUAAGUGGUUUAUAUGCGAUACUUUGUGUAUAACAUCUCUAAAGAAAAAGAAUGGAUAUUUAUUUAUUAUUUUUGAGAGAGAAACAUUUUUUUUUAAAUUUAUAAUUAUUUAAAAAUAUAUUUUGAACAUGAUUCUAGUUUAUUCAUAUACGAUGAAAAUACAGGAAAAUAGUUUUAAAAAAAGUGCCAAAAGAAUGCAAAAAGGGUGUUUUGUAAUAUUAAUGAGGAAUUGUAAAAUCAGAAAAAAGUUAAUUUAAGUGCAUAUUUAAAACUUUUAUAGAACUAUGAAAUUUUUUUGGCAUCUUAAAUAUUCUUAAUUUUUUUUUCUGUCGAAAAACAACCUAUGUAGUUCAUAAAGCAGACAAGCUUUUUUUACAUGGUAUCUCAGUGCCUUAAUUGGUUAUUGUUUAUUUGAUUUUUCCUACUUUUACUUUAGAGAUGGGUAUUGCAAAUAAUAUUGUAUAAUGCACGUGCGAAAAAGUUAAUUUUACUCAUGUGAUUUAUAAACUGCAAACAUUACAUACUCGUGUAAUAGUUAAUUUUACGCACGUGUGUUAUAAAUAACUAUGAUGCAUACUUUUACACUUUAAUGGUACGAAAAAAUUAAUUUUGACACAUCUUUUAUGUAUGCAAGAUAAAUGGCAUUUUUCCUGCAGAUGUUAAAGCAAAAAUUAGUUAUGCUGUUCUUUGUUUUUAUUUUAGAAUGGAAGACAUUUUUGAUAAUGUAAUAUGCCAUUGAUGUUUGUACCAAGAAGCGAUGUCAAGUUUAGUCAGUACACUAAUGAAUAAUAGAUAUGGGACGUUUUACUGAGACAUGUUUUGAACAUACAGUAAGCAUCAGUUUAAACCAAGCAAUAUGUUCCUUAUGUUCAUUUACAUAAGGAUUAAAGUUUUUUAUUUGAAAUAAUCCUUACUGUAUUUCAAAACCUUAUGCUAAGUAAACAAAGUGUACAAAACUGUAAUUCGUAAGGAAUUUGUAUGAUUAGCUGUUCAAUCAGCAGCUAAAUUCACCUGAAAAUAAACUAUAGCUACUUGAAAUAUACAUACUAAGAACAAUA